CGACCGCGCCGUGCUCAACUCAGUGCCAGAAAGCUAUCCAGAAGGAUAACUCACGAACGAGAAGAAGCUGACCUACAAAGAAACUCGGACCUUCCGCACUACUGAUUUUUACGCAUCUUCCUUUUCCCCUCGGAUCGUAAAAAGAGCAAACACUGCAUAAACAUGCCUGUGUCCAGAAUGAGGAUGAGACCAUGGCUGGAGAAGAUGAUCGAAUCAAACACCAUCAGCGGUCUAACUUGGGUGGAUAAGGAGAAGACAAUGUUCUCCAUUCCCUGGAAGCAUGCUGCUCGACAUGGUUGGGAGCUAGACAAAGACGCCUGUCUGUUCAAAGAAUGGGCCAUCCACACAGGUAAAUAUUCCCAGGGCCAGACUUGCGAUCCCAAAACUUGGAAAGCUAACUUCAGAUGUGCAAUGAACUCCCUGCCUGACAUUGAGGAGGUGAAAGACAAGAGCAUCAACAAAGGCCACCAAGCCAUGCGGGUCUUCAGAAUGCUGCCUGCGGUUUCAAAAUGUAGAGACAAAAGAAACAAGUCGAGGGAUACCAAGUUGAGAAAGAAGAGACAAGCAGUCAAGGAAGAGAUGGAGUCAGACUACAGCGAAACCCACUCUCCUGUAAACAUGUGUCUGCCUGAGGAAACCAUGUCCACUCAGGAAAGCACAGUAGACAGCACAGUAAACAUGGACCAUGGAGAGUUUGAGUCUCCAGCUGAAGUUCCAGAGUUGUCCCUCUUAGUCGAGAUUGAGACAGAUCCUAUGCAGUUCAACCUUUCCCACAGAUUUGAGGUUUCUCCUGAACACAGCUCUGAAUACGACCUUCCCCAAGACAUCAUUGAGAUUUGCAAGAUACUGGAGAAAGACUCACAGUGGACGAACUGUUCAGACAUUAAGGGAUUCCUUCACAAUGAAGCAUGCACCAGUCCAGAGAGCCAGUGGAGUGAAUCUUCCUCAGCAGAAGAAUUGGACGACAUUCCACAGUACACAACACUGGGCACAGACCUCCGCCCCAUCAACGAAAUCUGGAGCAGCUUUUAUCAAGAGAUCCCAUCCUUGAUUUGAGUUCUCCAUGACCGGACAGGAGGACGCUUUAAAAUUUUGGACUGUUUUUAGAGCUCUUCCUGUUCACAAGCUCCAUCCCUCUACCCUGCUCCACCCCCUUCCAGAGACUUGACCCCCCACAUUAAGUUAAAAUGCCAUCCACUCUCUCAUUUCUGCUGUUUCUUUGUAGCAGUUUAGAGACAGUUGUCCUCAUCUCUCCCAUGCACCGAUGUGAAGUUAUGAAGAACACUUCUGUGUUACAGGACCACAGAUGCUGCGCUUUUAUGGUUUUGGCUGGUUCAAAGCAGUUUUGGUGUUUUGACUUUUUAUUGUACAGAUUUUGUUCAGGCCGGCAUUACAUCAUGAUCCACAACUGUCAAUAAUUUGGAGGGACACCUACCUCAAAUACAAAAAAAAACAAAUGAAAAAAACUACAUACUGCUCUAAACAUUUAGCAAGUAGUUAAGUUAUAAUGCCAUAUAAUUAGCAAAUGUUUCCGUUAGACUUACAAGUGAACUUUUGCUAAUGGGGUAAAUGCAUUCUUACAUCUCAAUUCUUUUGACUAGCCUGUCAACUUUAUGUGAAAGCACUUCUUAAUGUUUGUUUGUGGGAUUUGUAAAAAGUGUAUAUACUUGUGUUUGUUUGUUUUUUACAAAAUAAAAAAUGGUUUAAAAUA